GGCUGCUGUGAUGUAGCUGCAGUGGCUCCAGUGUGCCUAGCAAAGUCCCGAGUCUGAGCUUGGCUGCUGGAGCUGGAAGGAGCUCUGUAUUCUCCUCCUCUCCACCACCCCUUCCUCAUCGUCCUCCGCUCGCAUGGGGCACCGGCAGGCUAAAUCACACGUCCGUCUGCAGACUGUGCUGAGUAGGUAGGAGUGUGUGUAGGUACUCCACUGGGACGGCAUGGUGUGUGUGUGUUGGAGGACAGGGCCACAUGUUGCUGUCCUGCUGGUACAAACCCUGGUCUGGGUCUGGACAAGUGCCAUAGAACCAGCUCCCAAAAUUGAUGGAUGGCACCGAUCAGUAAUCACACUACAGGAGAAUGCCACGCACAAAUUUAACUGCCAAUCAGACGGCUGGGACCCCAACGCCCCGCCUCUGCUGACGUGGUACCUGAACGGAGAGAGGCAGAGAGAACCCAUGACCCACGGAAAGGGGCGCCUUGUGAUGACAUCACCUAAACAGUCGGCAAAGUUGCGUCCAAACUCGCACCACAACAGCACGUUCUCUCUGCGAGCCAGGAAGUGGCACCAGGAGCUGGUGUGUGCGGUGUCCAGACCCAACAGCGCCCAAAGCUACAACGCCACCGUAACCCUUAACGUCCAAUUCCAGCCAGAGAUUCUGAGAGUGAAUGCCCACUACAGUGAGACGGCCGACCCCGGCCUCUCCCUGGUUCUCUUCGCCUUGGUACGCUCCAACCCCCCUGCCACCAUCACCUUUGUGGACCAAUCCGGCCAUCUGGUAGCCAACACCUCUGACUUCCUCAUCCUGGACUCGCGGAGCUACCCCUGGCUGACCAAUCACACGCUGCGGGUCAGCCUCAGUAGCCUGUUAGGGAAUGUGUCGGUGAACGCCAGCAACAGUGUCGGCGCUGCCCAGAGCAAUCUCACCCUGGCAGAGUUCUUGCAGUCCCGCGUGGAGGUGCCCAUGUUGGGCAUCGUGACAGGGGCAGCUGUAGCCUUCAUCACCCUCCUCAUCUUCACCCUGCUGGUGCUCUGCUUGCUGCACAAGAACAAAGGAAAGGCCAUCAUGGAUGAGCCGGUGGAGAUUGUGCUGGCCAAAAAAAGUGAUUCCACCAGUAUUAAAGUGGACCAAAUCUACAUGCCCAGAGAGAACAUGUCCCUACCCUCCAACAUGCAGCUCAAUGACCUCAGCACCCUCCGCAAAGCCAGAGAGGCUGCCAAACACAACCUGGGAGAGAAGAUGGAGGAGGAGGAGGAUCUGUCUGCUGCCUAUGCUGCUAGAGGUUUCGCCAGAUACCCCAUGGUGGGCUACAUCUAUAAGGUCAACAGCAUGAGCAGUGAUGAGAUCUGGCUCUGACCACAUACAUAUGCACGCACACACAUACAGACACACACACAGACACACACACACAUACACACACACAAAAACCUUUAAAGGCACAGGAACCUGACAAUACAACUGUUCAAUCGGAGCCUCAGAAUAACUGCCAGUCAAUCAGAUAGUACCGUCUUCAUAAAUCUUUGAUGUCAUAGUUUAUUUACAG